UGCGUGUGGGGAGACACCUCGUACCGUCUGCGGGCGGGAAGCCACACGGAGAACCCGGAUGGAACCCCGGCGCGGCCAGGGUGGAGGUCGGUGCGGACUCUUCUGUUUCCCUGCGCCGGGUGGGUUCCUGCUCGGGGACCGGACCUGAAGAGCCGCCGCCCUGACUGGUUCCGGCGCCUAGUGGCUGGACCCCAGCCCGAUCGGAGAGCGACCUGGAGCUGGAGACGGGCUCCUGAAAGAAGCCCGAGCAUCCUUUGGGCCUGCGUCCAGGCUUGGAGACGGGCGGGUGGAGACCGAGCGGAGUCUUCUUUCCUGGCCGCCGGCGCGCGUAGCUCGCCCGAACCGCUUCCUAAACGCGCGGUCCUUAAUACACCAACAGGUCCUACCAGUUACGAGCUGCAUGUUCCUUACAUGCAUGCUUCAUAAUUAAAGCUCCCAACAACCCUCUAAGCAAAAUUCUGCAGCAUCUCUGGAAUACUGCCUGAGAAUUUGGGGGUGCCAUGUCGAAGAAACGCAAAUGGGAUGACGACUAUGUUCGUUACUGGUUCACCUGUACAACAGAGGUUGAUGGAACUCAGCGCCCACAGUGUGUGUUGUGUAACUCGAUAUUUUCAAACGCUGACCUCAGACCAUCCAAAUUGUCUGACCAUUUUAACAGACAGCAUGGUGGUGUAGGUGGGCAUGAUCUCAAUAGCCUGAAACAUAUGCCAGCACCAUCUGAUCGGAGUGAAACCUUGAAAGCAUUUGGAGUUGCAUCUCACGAGGAUGCCCUAUUACAAGCAUCUUAUCAGUUUGCAUAUUUAUGUGCCAAGGAGAAGAAUCCUCAUACAAUAGCUGAAAAACUAGUGAAACCUUGUGCGUUGGAAAUAGCACAAAUAGUUUUGGGCCCAGAUGCACAGAAGAAGCUUCAACAGGUACCCUUAUCAGAUGAUGUGAUCCAUUCUAGAAUUGAUGAAAUGAGCCAGGAUAUCUUACAGCAAGUUCUAGAAGACAUCCAAGCCAGUCCUCUGAAAGUGGGUAUUCAGCUUGCUGAGACCACAGACAUGGGUGACUGCAGUCAGCUAAUGGCAUUUGUACGAUACAUAAAAGAAAGAGAGAUCAUAGAAGAAUUUCUAUUCUGUGAACCAUUGCAGUUAACAAUGAAAGGAAAAGAUGUGUUCAAUCUCUUCAGAGACUUCUUUCUGAAGCAUAAGAUAGCAUUUGAUGUAUGUGGCUCUGUUUGUACUGAUGGUGCCUCUUCUAUGCUAGGAGCAAAUUCAGAAUUUGUUGCUUGUGUGAAAAAGGAGGCACCUCAUAUCGUGAUCACACAUUGUUUGUUGAAUCCUCAUGAACUUGUCACAAAGACCUUGCCUACAAAACUGAGAGAUGCUCUGUUUACUGUGGUGAGGGUAAUAAAUUUCAUCAAAGGACGAGCUCCAAAUCAUCGCCUCUUUCAGGCUUUUUUUGAAGAAAUUGGAAUCGAGUAUAGUGUCCUCCUUUUCCACACUGAAAUGAGAUGGCUUUCCCGAGGUCAGAUACUCACCCACAUUUUUGAAAUGUAUGAAGAAGUAAAUCAGUUUCUCCACCACCAAAGCAGUAAUUUAGUCGAUGGCUUCGAAAAUAAAGAGUUUAAAGUUCACUUAGCGUACCUUGCAGAUUUAUUCAAACACCUGAAUGAACUUAGUGCAUCUAUGCAAAGGACCGGGAUGAACACAGUAUCAGCCAGAGAAAAGUUAUCUGCUUUUGUUAGGAAGUUUCCAUUUUGGCUAAAGCGACUUGAGAAAAGAAAUUUUACCAACUUUCCUUUUCUUGAAGAAAUCAUUGUUUCAGACAACGAGGCAGCAAGCAUUGCAGCUGAAAUACCACUGCACCUGCAACAGCUGAGCAGCUUCUUCCACGGGUACUUUUCUGUCGGCGAUCUUGCUGAGGCAAGUAAGUGGAUACUGGAUCCGUUUCUUUUUAAUCUGGAUUUUGUCGAUGAUGGUUAUUUGAUGAAAACUGAUCUUGCUGAAUUGCGAGCUAGUGGCCAAAUCCUAAUGGAAUUUGAGACAAUGAAGCUUGAGGAUUUCUGGUGUGCUCAAUUCACAGUGUUUCCAAGCCUGGCAAAGACAGCUCUAGAAAUCCUUAUACCAUUUGCAACUACAUACCUUUGUGAAUUGGGAUUUUCAUCACUUUUACAUUUUAAGACAAAGUCCAGAAGCUGCUUUAACAUGAAUGAUGACAUCCGUGUGGCUAUUUCAAAAAAAGUUCCUCGUUUCUCAGACAUCAUUGAACAGAAGCUACAGCUACAGCAGAAGUCACUGUGAGCCGAUACAUUUUUAAUGUAUAAUUUUUAAUAUAUUUUUAAUUCCAUUGUAAAAUUAAGCUAUAAUUGUGUCUCUUUUAUAUUUACGGUCUACCAAACCCCAAGAAAAAGUUUAGCAUCUGUAACUUUAAUUUUCCCAGUUCUUCUGGUAAUAAGAACACAGGCAACAGAGAAGAUGAAGUCUCGCCUGGUGGAUACAUAGAAUUCUUCAAAGUAUCUGUUGAACCUGCUGAUAUGAUACAUAAAAAGACACAUAAGCCCUAGAGUAUCCAGCUAAGUGGUACAGUAGGCUAGGAAUGGAGCCCAUCGAAAAGAGAAGAUCUCCUAGAAAAUGGAUCUUCAUGUUAAAAGUAAAAGUUGAAGGACAAAACGACAGACUGAGUCCCCACAUCUCUGUGAGUGAGAUUAAUGGGAUCAGAAGAGGAUUGUGAAAUGUUAUAGUGGGAGAAGGGAUGAUUCUAGUUUAUAUAAGAUUUACUUUUAAAUGUAUUCUUUGGAAGUAGUCUUAUAAUAUCCAGUCCUCUCACUCCCAUGCUCUAAAUACCAUGACAUUAAUAAAUGUCCUAAUAGCCUAUUA